UUAUGAGGAAGUCGGUGCAUUGACACUCCGGGUUGAAGAAGCAGUUUGUCGGGUCUGGUGAGGCGUCUCGAUCGGGGAGCGCCGUAAAUAAGCUAAAACACACACAAGAUGAAGUUUGUGGUUGUUUUAUUCGCCCUUAGUGUGGCGGUGAUGGUCGCAAUGAUCUUCCAGAUUUUGCGCCAGGAGUUCGAAUUUCGCGAUUCGAAAGUCCGCAGGCUGGAGGACUUGGCAGUGGCCAAGAGGGAAGAGAAAGUCAUCGACUUGAUCAAACCACAAAUCCGUGAGCUGAGGACCAACCUGGCGUCCGUCAUGGGCAGGGUGGAUGCGCUGAAGAAACGCAAAGCAGCAGCUGAGAAAACAGAGCAGGACCGUAAAAAGGACUUGGAGGCAUGCGGUAAAGAUAAGGAAAGCACAGAGAAGAAGAAGAAAGCUGUCGUAGACUCCAUGGCAAAACUCAAAGCUGAUCACGCGGCGGAAAAAACAAAAGCAGAGGAGGAAUUAAAAAGCUUGAAACAACAGAUUUUGGAUCGAGACAAAGCUGUUUGCGUUUUUGCUGAUCCCAGCAUUGCAGAGGCACGGAGGCUGUGUGGAAUCAAUGCUCCACAAUGAAGACAACUCCGAAAACAACAAUGUUGACGCUGAGCUUGAGCCACAAACUCAGGGGUUUGUUUUGUAAAAGUGUGUGCUCGCUGUUCUGUUUUUGAAUACAUGAAUCAAAUCCACUUGAUACAGAUGUGGAGCUGUUUUUUGUGAUGUGAUUGUGCCACAGUGUUAAAUUGUCUAAGUGCAAAAAUAAACAGGCCUCACAAAUACAACAUUACUUGAAGAAUAUAUUUCAGGGAAAAACCAAGGAUGUAAAUUAAAGUGUUGUAUUUUUUAAUAUAUUUUUUUAACUAAUUAAUAAUCAUGACCCUAUGUUACUGUCCACAACUGAAUGUGGUGAAAUGCAGAUCCACACUGCUGUCGCUUCAAUGCAUCACAGACAUUCAGCUGGAAUACAGAUAUCUAUGACAAUGGAAUGAUGGGUGAGUCGGCUUUGGUGUUUUCUGAUUCGUAAUGUUUUACAUCAUAUUGUUCUCGUCUCCACAUGUGUGCUGACUAGAGAUCUUCGAUAUUGGCCUUCUUACCAAUAUAAUAUUACCGAUAACGUCCUGCACUUCAUUACCGCUACCAAUAUCAACAGAUACAGAUAUAGGCAGCAGUUCUUCACUCAAACCAGGGGGGUCCAAACUUUUUCCACCGAGGGCCACACACUGAAAAUGCAAAGGAUGUGGAGAGCCGCUUUUAUAUUUUUUUAAACCAACCCAUGUAAAUAUGCUUUUUUAUAAUAAAAGGAAAAACAUCCUGCAUCUCAGCUUUGUCACUGGUAUCGGUGACAAAGCGUGUUCUUAGUAUGAACUUUUUCUCCUUACCUUCCACUUUUUUGCUUGUUUUUUCUUUCUUUUUUUUGUGUUUUUACAAAUAUUUCUCCUUUCUUCUUGUACAUUUUUUUUGCAAUCUAUCUUUAUUCUAAUAAUGUUUUGACUUUAUCAUCAUAUUAAAACUUUUACCAAACCAAA